AUGGGCCUUCAAAUGUUUCAGUUGCAUAAUAAGGUAAUAGACAAAAUUGAAGCAUCGCCUUGGCAAAUUCGAGAAACAAAUGCCAGACUCGGUAUUGGUAUAAUAGUACUCUUUUUUUAUUUAUUAGUUGGAGCCAUUGUUUUUGUACAAAUUGAAGGACCAGCAGAGCAAACUGACAUGGAAACUUAUGCAGAAUUCAGAUCACGCUGGAAUGAUUUACUAAUGGAUUCAGGUUUUACAGAAAACGAUAUCGAUCAACUAUUUACCGAUAUUCGAAUUAUGGCUCUUAAAGGUAUUUGGAUGGAGAAAAAUGUUACAACUGAGCCUAUUUGGAGUUUGGGCCAAGCAUUUUUUUUCGCAGGGGCAUUAAUUAGCACCGUAGGUUACGGACGUGUGUCACCACGUACGCCAGAAGGCAAAUUUUUUACAAUUAUUUAUUGUCUUGUUGGAAUUCCAAUAACUUUAGCUUUAUUGUCAGCCCUAGUAGCUAGACUAAAACAGCCAAGUGCUUGGCUACGUUGUAAAUUAAAUGCAAGACUUGGACAUUUAUUCCAUGAAACACAAAUUAAGAUAUUUCAUUUGGCUUUUGUCUGCACAGUAUUGCUUCUUUUUGUAUACAUUUUGCCAUCUUAUAUCUUUACAAAAAUUGAAAGAGAUUGGAGUUUUUUGGAUGGAUUCUUUUAUUGCUUUGUUUCACUAACAACAAUUGGCUUAGGUGAAUACGUGCCAGGGGAUCAAGCUGAUCAGCAGUUCAGGACUUUUUAUAAAGUUAUCGUCACAGUUUAUUUACUUUUUGGUUUGUCAUGUAUGAUGCUUUUCCUUGCUACACUUUAUGAUAUACAACAAUUAAAUUUGAGUCGAUUUUUUCUCACCAAAGAUGAUGGAUUCAUUGAUCCAUCUUAUGAUAAUCGAUCUGAAACAUUUGCUAUUGGUAAUCAGGUAAUUAAAUUCAGAUUUAUUCAAACAAUUCUUAAUUAA